GGGCUCUUUCAGCCUUCCAGAACCUUCUUGCUUGCUGAACGGGGCCUGAGAACUAGCGGAAAUAGCAAGCCCUGGGGGAAGAACCAGACAUCGCCACAGUGACUUCACAUCAGCAGACCGAGACCACAGAGAAAGAGGUUUCCCAAGAAUGGAGCCAGUGGCAACGACCUUUUCUCCUCUGGAAUCCACACAAUACACCAGAAACAAAUCCCUAAAUGAAACCACCGGGUCUUCAAAGGAAGUGACUGACUACAAUUAUAUUUGUGCCUCCCUGGUGAUUUGUAUGCUGGGACUGACCGGGAACGGACUUUUGAUAUGGUUCCUAAUCUUCUGCGUCAAGAAGAAGCCAUUCACUGUAUACAUCCUGCAUCUCGCCAUUGCCGACUUCCUGGUUCUCCUCUGCUCAUCCGUCAUUCAACUAGUGAACACCUUCCACAUCCAUGAUGACACCUUACUGACCUACACCGUCUUCCUCAUGCUCUUCGGCUACAACACGGGCCUUCACCUCCUCACAGCCAUCAGCGUGGAGCGGUGCCUCUCAGUACUUUAUCCAAUCUGGUACCAGUGUCGCCGCCCAAAGCACCAGUCCGCUGUGGCCUGUGCCGUGCUGUGGGCCCUCUCUGUUCUUGUGUCUGGGUUGGAAAACUUCUUCUGCAUUAUGAAAGUGAUGCCGCAGUUCCCAGAAUGCCGUUAUGUGUACAUGUUUUCCUGCAUCUUGACAUUCCUGGUCUUUGUUCCUCUCAUGGUCUUCUCCAACUUAAUCCUCUUCAUCCAGGUCUGCUGUAACCUGAAGCCACGCCAGCCAGGCAAGCUCUAUGUGAUCAUCAUGACCACGGUCAUCCUGUUUCUCCUCUUCGCCAUGCCCAUGAAGGUGUUACUUAUCAUCGCCUACUAUUCAUACUCAACAGAUGAGUCUGUAUGGGACUCCCUCCCUUACCUGAACAUGCUGUCCACUAUUAACUGCAGCAUCAACCCAAUCAUCUACUUUGUGGUAGGCAGUCUGAGGAGGAAGAGGAGUAGAAAGUCUCUGAAAGAAGCACUGCAAAAGGUCUUUGAGGAAAAGCCAGAGGUGGGCUUGAGGGAGAAUGUUACACAGCUCUCUCCAUCUUCGUGAACUUCUGCUAGGGCAUCCCCAAGGAAGGGUGCCUGAUACUAUCCCUGUGUGGGAAUAUAACCUCUUCCCCACCAUCCCACCUGGUGGCUCACCUAAAACUAAAGAGAAAGUCCUCCAUUCCUCCUGGAAAGAAAUGAUAACAGGACACACUGUACACAUGACACACUUGGCCACUGGUAACUUGAUAGGAGCUAAUAUAUUUUUUUUUUGCCAGUACCGGGCAUUGACUCUUGACACCAUACAUGCUGGGCAAGUACUCUAGCACAGACCCUGACCCUGGCUUGGUCCUGCCUUCCCAGCACAAAACUCUGUGUCACAGCAAUGCCUCACUUGUCACUCUAAAGAGCCACUGCUACUAAUCCAGUGUCACAAAUAAAGGUAAGAAGGUUUAGUAAGGUUUCAGAGCAUGGACGGUCCUGAACCAGACUGUGCCCUAAGGAGUCUGACCCUCAGAUCCACCCGUGAGACCAUAUAACCCAGGACAGUCUUUGAGAGCUGCCAUAAACUAUUCCUACUGUCGUCACCAACACCAUUCCUCACUUUCUCUCCCUUGGGUCUCCUCUGAGUGCAUCAGAGGAAAACAUGUUAGUACAUAUAAGGACACCCGUGCUGUCUUACAAGCAUCUUCACUACUCAUACACUGAGAAUUUGUCAUGGGACCAAUUGAGAGAUAGAGAGGAUGUCCCAGGAGUCCUUUAAAGAUACCAUCCUGUAAGGAUUAGAGGGAGCAUCAACAAGGAUAAGUGAAGCUUGGCUUGGGUAUGGACUUUUUCUCUCUGUCUCCCUUCCUGCCUUCCUCCACACCCCCAGGAUCCCUCCUUCUCUGAUC